AGGACCCCGCCCCGCCGCUCUGCUCCGGCGCCGCGCGCUCACCGCGGCCCGAGGGCGGCACGGCACCGCACGGCACGGCGAGGAGAGGAGAGGAGAGGCGAGGCGGCCCCCUUCGGAGAGAGCAGCUCCGCGCCAUGAGCCCCGAGGAGAAGCCGCCACCCAGCCGCUCCCGCGGUGACCGGCCGCCGCCGCCACCACCUCAGCCCGCUCCUGGCCGGGGUCGGCGGCGAGGCGGGUUCCUGACGGAGAUCCGCACGCCCAUCCGCACAGAGCCCUUCCAGGAGCGAUACAGCCUCAGCCCCGGCAGGGAGCUCGGGAGGGGGAAAUUUGCAGUGGUGAGGAAAUGUAUCCAGAAAGACACUGAAAGAGAGUUUGCAGCAAAAUUCAUGAGAAAAAGAAGAAAGGGCCAAGACUGUCGGAUGGAAAUAAUCCAUGAAAUUGCAGUCCUUGAGCUGGCACAAUGCAACCUUUGGGUCAUUAACUUGCAUGAAAUUUAUGAAACUGCAACAGAGAUGAUUUUAGUCCUGGAAUAUGCUGCUGGAGGUGAAAUCUUUGAUCAGUGUGUGGCUGAAAGAGAGGAAGCCUUCAAAGAAAAAGAUGUUAAACGACUUAUGAAGCAGAUCUUAGAAGGAGUUUCAUUCUUGCACAGAAACAACGUGGUUCACCUUGACUUAAAGCCCCAAAAUAUUCUUCUAACCAGUAAGUCUCCUCUGGGAGACAUUAAGAUAGUGGAUUUUGGCCUUUCCAGAAUAAUGAAGAGCAGUGAGGAACUAAGAGAAAUUAUGGGAACUCCAGAAUACGUAGCUCCUGAAAUUCUGAGUUAUGACCCAAUCAGUACAGCGACUGACAUGUGGAGCAUUGGAGUGCUGGCAUAUGUUAUGCUAACGGGGAUAUCACCUUUCUUAGGGGAUGAUAAGCAAGAAACCUUCUUAAAUAUAUCUCAAAUGAAUGUAAGUUACUCUGGAGAAGACUUUGACCUCAUAUCAGAGUCUGCCGUGGAUUUCAUCAAAACUCUGCUUGUUAAGAAACCAGAGGACCGGGCAACUGCUGAAGAAUGUCUUCAACAUCCAUGGUUGCAACAAAGCGACAGUCCUGCUUCUGAGGCCUGGAAUAAGAGUAUAGGAGAGGAGACGAGUGAUGACACCCAGAAAGAUGCAGAUUCUGCCUCUGAAAAGUCACUAGAUGCUGAGAAGACUGAAGAGGAAGAAUCAAUAGUGACAGAAGAAUUAAUUGUGGUGGCUUCAUAUACUCUGGGACAAUGUAGACAGUCAGAAAAAGAAAAAGUAACUGAGCAGAAAGCCAUUUCCAAACGAUUUAAGUUUGAGGAACCAUUACUGCAAGAAAUACCAGGAGAAUUCAUUUACUGAACUCUGUGGAGCUUCACAGCUGUAACUGGAAGGCAGUGCUUUCCACUAAACAAAAAUAUCCAAGUGAAUUUCUGAUAUGCAGUAAGUGUUCUAGAUAAAAGAAAAUGUUGAUGAAUGACAUCCAAGGAAAAUGUGCCAAGUUUUUAAUUUCAUGGAACAGGUAAACAAGAUUUCAAGUGGCUGACAGGAAUUUAACAAAGAUUAAAAAGCUUAUUUUUUAUUUGUAAUUUUUAGUUCUGCUUUUUUGUUGCUUGGUAGCAGAGUUUUGGUUAAUUGUUCCAGUGUUCUGAAGUAGUUGACAUCGGAAGUGUUCCAGGGAGAGAUGUCAAGAAGAGUAUUUUAAGAUAUGUUUUGGCAUUUAAUGCAGAUAUCUAAGGCUGGGUUUUAUUGAGACACCUUUUAGCCCUCCUGACUUCAGUGGAACUAGCUGCUGAUCUAAACAUUGUAUGAGAGGAGAAUUUGAUUGACUGGUCUGACAUACAGAUUUCAAAGUUAUACUAUGUAUAUAUGUUUUUGCUUACAUCAAGUCAGAGACCCAGACUCACCUGGUGUGCAGGCAAACAGUGAGCUGCACUUCUGUAGGAAGAGGCAUGUGUCCCACAUCUGAAAAUCUGCAUUGGGGAACAAUCCCAGAUCACAGUGGUGACACAUGGGAGCACAGUAAAAUCCUGCUCCCAAGGGUGAUAAAUCUGCUUCGUUCAGCCACUCCUGAGUGCUGUUGGAGAUGGGCCCCUUCCCCUCCUGUGCUGGGCAAGGUGUGGUAAUGGAAUCAAUAUUGGUGUUGAUGAGUGUAAAAAAAGGACAGCAGGACUGGUGUAGCUCUACUGAAGUCACUGAAGUUCCCUCUGCUGACUGCACCAUGUUACAUCAGUUUGUCCAGCUAAUGAUAAAUCAACCCUUGAUUCCACCUCCUCCAGAACCCAGCUGGGGUUUUACUGGCAGCAUGAGGUCAUUCCCUCUUCUUUCUAUUCCCUUGACCACUGCUUUCAGGAAGAAAGAAGCAUCCUCAGGCUAAAUGGCAGGACCUUGUUUGGUCGAGCGAUGGGAUGAGGCAGCAGGUAGUGCUUCCUGAAACACUGAAGUGCAGCUCAUGCCUUAUGCUUCCUGAUCACUCUCCCUUAGGCACUUGAAAAGCAGCACUUGUGUGAUGGGGCCGAGUGGGAAUUAGGGAGCUGCACAUACAGAUGGGUCAUAGUUCUGAAUGGACAUGGUCUCUGAGACAAAGCUGGGACCAACUGGGCAUCCAAACUGACUGGUUUCUGCAAUGUACAGGUCUGAGGCUCUUGGACCAAGCCCUAGUUUCUUAGAAAUCUCCAAUAUUGACGCUGUUCCAAAGUUUAAUUUCUAUGUAACUGAAGUUUAGUGCUAUUCUAAUGCAUACUGUUAACUAUUCAACUAUUUAUUUGGUUUCCUUAUGUCAUUCCUUUAUAAUAAACCCUGAGAAAAGUUUUCUUGCUAUAAAACAAUGCACAGAAACUCUUAAGCUAGUUUUUUUUUCCUUUUUUCCAUGUUUCCUAAUUUCAAAUGGACCAAGGAUAUUCUUACUCUUUUUAGUGAACAGGAGUUCAGGGCUCUGCUAUGUUACAGCUCCUCCCUCUCACAGAGGUGAGUUACUAACACAGGCAGCGCUGGGGUGACCUGAUGAGUGUUGCUGUAAGGGUGGGAGAAGCACAGGUACAGAAGACAAUGGAACCCAAAGUAGCAUGAUGCCACACGGGGCAAGGAGUGUUCUUCCAUAAGGCUUCAGGGCCAGUGGGCUGGCACUGCCUUCACUUGAAGUCAUGUCAGAAAAAUGGCAGCUAAACAAAACCCUUGUCUCAGGCUUCUUCCCCUGUGGAAUGAGCUAUGGUAUGUUUGCGUAGGUAGGCUACCUACUCCCUACUGAACACCUUCAUACAAAAAGCCAUCCCCCAGCAUUUGUAACAAGGUCUGGCUGUGGCAGUGCAGGCAGCAUCCUGCAUCUGCCUCCUGAGACACCCCAGGGCCAGGUUUGCUCAGGUGGCUCUGGCUGACCAUCAGCUGAGGGCCAGGAGCCUUUGAGCCACAGUGGCACAGCUCCCAGGGCCUGUGCCACUGCCUGGCUGCGACUGCGCUGUGGAUCUGUUCCAGACUCUUCAGGCACAGCAGCACUCUCAGAGGGCAUCUUCCUCUUACUGUUCAGUCACUUGCUCAGGACAAUUUGCUAACUUACAAAAUUCUGUUGUGCAAGACCACAACUUCUCCCCAGCUCCCUUGCUGCCAUUUUGACUUGUUUUUCCCCAUCUAUACUUCCUCAUUUUUACGAAGCGGAGCAAAGCACUGAGCUUCAAGCACACUCCCAUAACACACCCUUACAGAACCACGUUGCCAUAGCUACAAACAUCAAUGUGUAGUAGCUCAUGGUUGCUCAUUACACAUCAGUUGGGGGACAUACACCUGUUUCAGUUCCCACUGGUAACCACCCACCGUGUCUCAGAGGGAAACUGGUACUAACAAUAAAGAAUAGAUGCUGAGCAGCAUGUGCUUUGCCCUGUAUUUACUGUUUUUAAUGUGUGACUCACAUGGCUCAACAUGUAUAAAUGGACCAUGUCUUUGUUACAAGGUCAGCUUCUCUCGAGUUGGCUGCUCUGAGCUUUCUACUGGGCUGCAGUUUUGUUGAACUUUUUGUGCCUUAAGGUGAUUUUGUACAGUGUUUUUUAACAUUGUGAAGAAUUUGUAUUGAGUGAUGAAAGUUUAAUAAAGUUCUGAGCAAGGCAUCUUAGGUUGGCCCUGUAAUAGAAAAACAAAAAGGUCAUGUAAUGUUUAACUGCAGGACUAUCAGCCUGGCCCAUGCACCUGCAGCUACUGCUGUCCCACUGGUUGUGUUCUUACCCUGCACUGUAGAAAGGGGCUAUGGAGGUUAAUGGUUUGGGGAGGUUUAGUUACUAAUGAAGUAAGACACGAAGACUGGGAACAAAUCACUAGCUUGAAGAGCUGAUUCUGCAGCUUCAUGAAGAUGGAGCACUGCACAUACAUCCUUAGUUCAUCUGAUAAAGCUGCUUAGGCACGGAAGGGUUUGUGGGGAAAGGGCUGGCUGUGGAGAAGGAGGGGGCUCAACCCUGUGGGCACUGUGCUCUCAGUCCCCUCUCCACACUGGGUUUUGUGAUGCUGGGAGCAUGGCUGCUGCUUGCUUGGAUGCAGGAGGCUGAAAGCAAAGGGAAGUGCAGAUGGUCUCAAAAAUUGCUGGAGAACUAUUACUUCUAUGGUUCUGAUGUGAGAGAUAAUGAACUAUAUAGGUCUAAAUCCAGGCUUUUGCACCUCCACUGAGUUCCAGCUUGCAAUCUGCCAGGUGAAGCUGGAGAGCUAUUAGGUAGGAAAUGCAAAUGCAAGCGAAGUGAUUGUUUGCAGGGGCCAGGGAGGGGGCAGGCCCUGGGCAGACUCAUUCCAUGGCUUCAGGGCUUGUGAGUGUUGCAGGUGCUGUUCUUGGAAGACAGUUCAACGUUUUGCAGAAGCAGUGCCAGUUCAUUGAUAAGGUGUUUGCUGUUGCAGGAACUUUACAAUAAAUGAGAUUUUGUUUUCUGAA